GUCUUUCCGUUGGCGGAUUUCUGUUGCACCUCACGCACCUAUCUCUACCGCGCGCCUCUGUUUUGAGCGCUCGCUGCUGUCUGGAGGAAAUCCUUCUCGCCUGCUGGUAGCAGGAUUUUUUCUGCGUUCCGCCCCUUUAACCGCUUCUUUCGCACCGCUCGUGCAACAUCGUCGACGACGACGACGCGCGCCCCUUUUGCAACCACUAUACGAAGGUCGCUGGACGAUCGGACGCGUCAGAAGCGGCUUUCUCGGACCACCACUAUGCUUCACAUUUUCUUCUGUGGCUUCCUGCUGAGUCACGUGCUUCAGACUGUCCGUCCAGAUGACGACUUCAUCAGAAACGGCGGCAGCCCCGUGGUGUGCUACUACGCCGGCGUGGCAGCCGACCGUUUCAGCCCGAUGAACUACCGCAUCCGGGACAUCCCGGGUGAUCUGUGCACGCACGUGAACCUCAACUACGCCGGUGUGGACAAGGACACGUUAGGAGUGAAGGACCUCAUACCAGCUUACACGAACAAUUCACAUUACAAAGACUUCACGGCCAUCAAGAAGAAGUUUCUAUUCGUCAAGACACUGAUCUCCCUCGGAGGCUGGGAGCACGGUGGAGAGUCGUUUUCGUACGUUGCAGCAGACCGGAGCAGGCGGUGCAAUUUUACGAGGAAUUUGUACAAGUUUCUUAAGGACAACGACUUCGAUGGAGUCGACAUCGACUGGAGGUUCCCUGCGAGCGCAGACAAAAACGGAAAGCCCGAGGACAAAGAGAACUACGUCUUGUUUCUGAAGGCUCUCUGCAAACUGCGAAAGAAAGGUUUGAUCGUUACCGCUACGGUUCCAAUCACUCCUUAUUAUCUCGACAAUGGAUACGACGUCAGACAGCUCGCAAAAUACUUGGACUGGUUCAAUGUGAUCGGUUUCGACCUGAGGGGACGCUGGACUGGAAUUGCUGACGUCCAUAGCCCUCUGUAUGCCAGGUCUUUUGAAACGGGUGACACUCGGAAUCUGAAUGUGGCUCAAGGGCUCAAGCGUCUUGUCGAGCUUGGAGCUCCCAAGAAGAAGCUCGUCCUCGGCAUUCCGUUCUUUGGCCGCAGCUACGUGCUGGCGGACAAAGAGAAGCACAAUGUCGGAGAUCCCAUUAGGGACAUUCCAGCAGCGCCAGGACCCUUCAUCGGUAGCACGGAAAUCUUGGCUUACUACGAGAUAUGCACCAACAUUGAAGAUGGAAUUGCAACGCGAGCAUUUGACAAUGAGUCAAUGUGUCCAUACAUGUACUAUGAAGACCAGUGGGUGGGUUACGAGGACGAAGAAAGCGUUGGCAUCAAGGUUGAUUUUGUCAUCAAGGAAGGCUACGCCGGAGUUAUGGUGUUCAACAACGAUAUGGAUGAUUUCAACGGCGUCUGUGGCACAACGCAUCCGCUGCUCAAAGUAGUCUAUCAAAAGCUUUCUGAGGCACCCGAAAGUCGACGGAGGCGGCGGUAAUAAA